ACUGAAUUUUCUUCUAAGAGUACAGUUCGAUUUCUUCUACUAUUCAGUUAACAUCCACUUGUAUAAUUUUGUACAAAAUGGCAUUCAAGUUCGUUAGCUUCCUUGCCUUGUUGGCCGUUGCCCACGCCGGAGUUCUUGCCCCAGCUGCGUUGUCAGCUCCUCUAGGCAUUGCUUCCCCAAUUACCAACGUGAUCUCUGCCGCUCCCCUGCUGCAGAAGACCAUCCUGGCUGAUCCCAACCCACAGUACUCAUUCUCCUACGCAGUCUCCGAUGCCCUGACCGGUGAUCAGAAGUGGCAGCAGGAAUCCCGCAACGGAGAUCUCGUGCAGGGAUCUUACUCACUUGUUGACCCAGACGGCCUCCAGCGUACCGUUGACUACGUUGCUGAUUCGAUCCAGGGAUUCAAUGCUGCCGUCCGUCGUGAACCGAUUGGUGUCAAGGCUAUUGCUGCCCAACCCCUCCUCGCUGCCCCAGUUGCCAAGACCAUCAUUUCGCAGCCUGCUUUGUCCAGGACCAUCCUUUCGCAGCCAGCCAUCUCAUCUAUCGCGUCUCCUCUGGCCGCCCGGACCAUCAUUUCGCAGCCAGCUUUGACUUCAUAUGCCUCUCCUUUGGCGACCUCUACCAUCCUGUCGCAACCAGGGCUAGCUUCGUUGGGCUCUCCCCUGGGUGCCAGGACUAUCCUAUCGCAGCCAGCUAUUUCCGCUUAUGCCGCUCCUUUGGGAGCCCGGACCAUCAUUUCGCAGCCAGGUUUGGCUUCGAUCGCAUCUCCCUUGGCCACCAAGGCGAUCCUGUCGCAGCCAGCUUACUACUAAGCGAUGAUCUGCUAUUACAUUGCCCAAACGUGAUAUGACCAAAAUGACUGUGUAAAAUGACCUGCCUUAUUUAUAGCUAAUAAAAUGUCGAAUAGAUGAAAAGUCAUCCUAAAACUAAAAUCAACGCUUGUUUAAAAUAUUCU